AUGGCUUUUGCCCCCGCUUCAUUUUCAUUUCUUUCCAGCUACUACCUUCAACCAUUAAUCCUUUUCAUCUUCUACAUAAACUUGAUUUGCUUCCAGCAUGUCAGAGCUGCAUCAAAUGAGACUGAUUAUUUGGCAUUGCUCAAGUUUAAAGAAUCAAUAACUGAUGAUCCUCAUGAUAUCUUGAGCUCUUGGAAUAGUUCGAACCACUUCUGCAGCUGGACUGGAAUCACAUGCGGCCAUAAGCAUCAGCGAGUCACCAAGUUGAAUUUGGGAGGCUAUCAAUUUGGUGGGAUCAUAUCACACCACAUUGGAGAGAUUCCUUGGAACUUGACGAGUUGCACUAAAUUGAGGAUCUUGGAUUUGGCAGGGAAUAGGCUUAUUGGUAAAAUACCAUAUCAGCUGGGGUAUCUUCAGAAGCUUGAACACUUUCAACUUUCUCUCAACAAUUUAACUGGAGAAAUUCCAUGGUCUAUAUGGAAUCUUACUUCCCUCACUCGUCUUGCAGUAGGCUGCAACAACUUGGAAGCAAGUAUACCUGAAGAGAUCGGCCGUUUGAAGAAUUUGAUGUUUUUAGGAGCACCGAGGACUACAUUCUCAGGUGCACUUCCUUCUGCACUUUUCAAUCUAUCAUCUCUCACUAUACUAUCAGUAGCAGAAAAUGAUUUGAACAUGACUCAGCUUCCACAUGACAUGUUCUCCACCCUUCCAAAUCUAGAAUAUUUUUCCAUAGGGGGGAAUCAAAUUUCUGGUCCAAUACCAAAUUCCAUAAAAAAUGCAUCUUCACUCCAAAGAUGCGAUAUUUCUUCAAACCAUUUUUUCGGUCAAGUUCCCAAUUUAGGAAACCUAAAAGAUCUUUCCCGCCUUAAUAUACAAAUUAAUAAUUUUGGGAGCAGCUCAAAUGGUGACCUUGAUUUCAUGACACCUUUGAAAAAUUGUAGCAAACUUCAAAUAUUAAGUUUGGGCAUCAACAAAUUUGGAGGCAUUUUGCCCAAUUCCAUAGGAAAUUUGUCAACCCAGCUCAGUGGACUAUACCUUCGUGGUAAUGAGAUCUAUGGUACUAUUCCUGAUACUUUAGGAAAGUACAAAUAUUUAACUGUCUUGGCUCUUGAAUCCAACAGAUUCUCAGGUGCUAUUCCAAUCUCUUUUGGAAACUUACGUGAGAUAAAAGAAUUAGGUCUCGAUGGAAACCAACUCUCAGGAGAGAUACCGGGUUCCUUAGGAAACCUUAGUGAAUUGAUUUUGCUAAGCAUUUCAGGAAAUAUGCUUCAAGGAAAAGUUCCUAUCACAAUGGGAAACAUGAAAAGUUUGCUCACCCUAGACCUUUCAGAAAACAAUCUCAGUGGUCCUAUACCCUUUGAGAUUUUUGGUCUUCCCUCCUUAUCCAUUUUAUUAAACUUAUCUCACAAUUCAUUCAACGGAUCUUUGCCUUCAGAGGUAGGAAUGCUUAAAAACCUGGGGACUUUGGAUAUCUCUGAAAAUAAUCUUUCCGGAGAGAUUCCUUGGACCAUAGGAGAAUGCACAAGUAUGGAAUACCUUAACUUAAAAGGGAAUUCUUUCAAUGGGCCCAUGCCUCCUUCGCUAGCUUUGAUGAAAGGUCUUGUGCAUUUAGAUAUAUCUCAAAACAACCUAUCUGGAUCAAUACUAAUCGACCUACAAAAUGUUUCUUUUCUUCAGUACUUAAAUAUUUCUUUCAAUACGUUUGAUGGUGAGGUUCCAGUAGAAGGAGUUUUCAGCAAUGCAAGUGCAAUAUCACUUAUUGGAAAUAUCAAUCUUUGUGGGGGAAUUUAUGAGUUGCACUUACCACCAUGCCCUAAGAAAGUGGACACAAAAAGAAAACACAAUUUGAAGCUCAUGGCUAUUGUGAUUUGUGUGGCUUUUUCACUUUUAUUGAUAUUUUUGUUUGCCUUCUAUUGGAAGCAUGAAAGAAACAAGAAAUCAUCUUCAACUUCAUCAAGAGUAGAACAAUUUCCCAAGGUGUCAUAUCAAAAUCUACACAUUGUAACCCAAGGUUUCUCUACCAACAACUUGAUUGGAUCUGGGAGUUCUGGCUCAGUAUAUAAAGGAAGGCUAGAAUCAGAAGAUAAAAUUGUUGCAAUAAAGGUACUGAACUUUCAAAAGAAGAGGGCUCAAAAGAGUUUCAUUUCAGAAUGUAAUGCACUGAAAAACAUGAGGCAUCGAAAUUUGGUAAAAAUUUUAACAUGUUGCUCUAGCAUUGAUUACAACGGACAAGAAUUUAAGGCAUUGGUGUUUGAGUAUAUGCCAAAUGGAAGCCUUGAAAAAUGGUUGCAUCCUAAUCAAGAAAGUGCAUGUCAGUCAGCAUUGGAUAUUUAUCAAAGAUUUAAUGUUGUAUAUGAUGUUGCCUCUGCACUGCAUUACCUUCAUUAUGAAAAUGAGGAACAAGUAGUCCAUUGUGACAUAAAGCCCAGCAAUGUCCUUCUUGAUGAUGAUAUGGUGGCUCAUGUGAGUGAUUUUGGGUUAGCAAGACUACUUGCCACCCUUAAGGGCAGUUCUCAAAAGCAAACAAGCACGUCUGGAAUAAAAGGGACGAUCGGCUAUGCUCCUCCAGAGUAUGGGAUAACUUCUGAGGUAUCAACACAUGGUGAUGUAUAUUCUUUUGGUAUUCUUAUUUUGGAAAUGUUAACCGGAAAAAGACCAACAAACCUAAUGUUUGAAGAUGGCCACAAUCUUCAUAGCUAUGUCAAAGCUGCAUUUCCAGACAAUCUUUUGGAAAUUAUGGACACAGCUCUUGUUCGCCAACAAGUACAACAGACAACAAUAGUAGCUAGAGGAGAAAUUAGGAUGGAGGAAGUGGCUCUUAUGCAUCCCAACCAUGAGAAGACUCUAAUUUCACUAUUUAAAAUUGGACUUGCUUGUUCAGUAGAAUCUCCUAAAGAAAGGAUGGACACGAUGAGUGUACUAAGGGAGCUAAAUCAAAUUAAAAAUGCUCUU